UUAGCGCGAGCCAAGGGUUAGCCGCUUGGCUCGCUAUACCCUUUGCAGCGCCGCGACAGCGCUCAAUGAUUGAGUCCGGCCCUUUGGCCGCUUCGCCCACCAGCCGUCAAGAGCCCAUUCGGCGCCUGUGAUGCGCACCUUCCAAGCUCCAGCAACCGUCUGCGAGGGCCACAUUGCCGCAGUCGACCAGUUGGUCAGGGCGUCCAGUGAUGUUCGGCCGUCAUUUGAGCGGAAUCUCUUGCUCGUCUUGGGUGCUCUCUUGGCCCGGCGGAAGUCUUGUCGCCGACACGCUGAACGUCGCGCCUUCUAGGCGACGCAGGCCGUGUCGCAAUCAGCGGGCCCUCAUUCAUCGAGGCUCGAGGAUCGAUCAGACCCCGCGCUUUCCGAAUGAGGGAGGUGGUUGUUUCCCCGACUCAACAUUGUCUCCAGCCUCCAGCACCUCCUGGUAUCCGCUUGAGUGCUUUCCUGCGCUCCUCGCUCCCUAUGCCUAGUCGAGUGCACCACCAGAUGCCGCCGCAGCAUCCGCUGUCCCUGUUUUGGGCAACCACUUGUCAGCCAUCUGCAUUGUCUGCUGACCGUUGAUGGAGAAAGAGGCUUCGCGCUGAUAGGCAGGUGCAGUCUGCCUCGCUCAAACCGACCACGUUCAUCAAACAGCGGUUCCCUCGAUCAAAGCAGCAUGGCGACCCCGAUCUGUGAGUGCCAUGAUCCCGCUCGUCUUGGCCUCUCCCCAAACUGCCAAGUGCCAGCCAAGCCUGAGCGAAUUUUGGAUCGAGGCUGUGCAAAUCCAGGGGAACACGCAUGGCCAGCUUGCAUCUUUCUAUUCGCUUGUUCUGGGGGGUUACGACAUCGCAAUAUGGACUAAUUCAGAC